ACUAAAAGGUAGCAUCAUAUGCGGCUGCUGCUACUCAACACUACAGUUGCAGUCUCUCCAUCUCCAUCCCAAAUAAAGCAAACCAAUUCGGGGAAGUCGAAGGCAUAACGCCCCCCAAAUUCGGCUUCGCCAUGGCCACCACUCAUCCACCGCACCAUCGCGGCGGCGGCGGGACCAACCUCGCCUCCUGCCUCCUGGCCACGGUCUUCCUCUUCCUCGUCUUCGUCGCCGCCGCCGUCGUCCUCUUCGUCCUCUUCCGCCCCCGCGACCCCGAGAUCCAGGUGUCCGCCGUCCAGCUCCCCGGAUUCUCCGCCGCCAACGGCACCCUUCGCUUCACCUUCAACCAGUACGCCGCCGUCCGCAACCCCAACCGCGCCGCCUUCUCCCACUACGACAGCACCCUCCAGCUCGCCUACGCCGGCCACCAAGUGGGGUUCGCGUUCAUCCCCGCGGGGAAGAUCGCCGGCGGCCGCACGCAGCGCGUCGCCACCUCCUUCUCCGUCAACGCCCUACGGCCGCCCGGCGCCGCCGCCGCCAUCGAGGUGGACUCCAGGUUGCGGGUGAAGGGCCGCGUCCGGGUGCUGAGCUUCUUCACGCACCACGUCGAGGCCACCGCCAGGUGCCGCGUCGCGGUCUCCGCCGCCGACGGAUCUGUGCUGGGAGUCCGGUGCUGAUCGAUCGCGGCGCACAUCGACAUGAGAUCCGGUGAAACUCGAAGCGAAAAAGGGCGAUCGAUCCCUUUCGCGAUCUAAAAUUUACGGAUCGAUGGUUUUUUGUUUGUGGGAUUGUAAUCUGAUCCUACAUAAAUUGUUUUUCUAGAUUUAUUAAGUUCACUCGAGUUGGAUAAAUGCUUUUAAUAAA